AUGGAUUCGAAGAGAUUGUGGUUUUUUAUCAUCGCUAUGUUUUUGACAAGUGGUAGUGAUGCCAUGUCAAGACAACAGCUUAAGAAUUCAGGGAAAAUGUUGAAGAAAAACUGCAUGGGCAAGAAUCAAGUGACCGAAGAUCAGAUUGGAAGUAUAGACAAAGGAAAAUUCAUAGAAGAUAAGAAUGUAAUGUGUUACAUUGCUUGUAUUUUUGAGAUGACUAAUGUUAUAAAAAACAACAGACUGAACUACGAUGCUUCGAUGAAACAAAUCGAUCUGAUGUAUCCUCCUGACGUGAAGGAGUCUGCCAAAGCUGCGGUUAAUAAGUGCAAAGAUGUUCAAAAGAAAUACAAGGACAUCUGCGAGGCUUCGUAUUGGACCGCGAAGUGCAUAUACGAGUUUAAGCCGGAAGAUUUUAUAUUUGCAUAA